GAUGGAUUCUGGGCCUCGGGGGCCCUCGGGGACCCCAGAGUCUGGGGGGAAACCACCAAACUGGCAGGAAGCCAAGACUUUCUAUGACAGCCUGGCACCAAAAAAGAAACCCAAAUCGCCCAAGCCCCAGAAUGCCAUCACCAUCGCUGUAUCAUCCAAGGCGCUCUUCCGCAUGGAGGAGGAACAGCGCAUCUACCGGGAGAAGGGGGUAGAGGAGUAUGUUCGGUACCAGCUGGAACAUGAAAAUGAGCCACUCAGCCCUGGACCCGCUUUCCCCUUUGUGAGGGCUCUGGAGGCUGUGAACAGCCAGCUUCGGGAGCUGUAUCCUGACAGCGAGGACCUCUUCGACAUCGUCCUCAUGACCAACAACCAUGCCCAGGUUGGGGUUCGACUUAUCAACAGCAUCAACCACUACAAUCUGUUCAUUGAAAGGUUCUGCAUGACUGGGGGAAACAGCCCCAUCUGCUAUCUGAAGGCCUACCACACCAACCUCUACCUGUCCUCUGAUGCAGAGAAAGUGAGUGAAGCCAUUGGAGAGGGAAUUGCAGCUGCUACCAUCUUCAGCCCCAGCAAGGACGUGGCAGUGCCCCAGAGUCAGCUUCGUGUGGCAUUCGAUGGAGAUGCUGUCCUCUUCUCUGAUGAGUCUGAGCAGAUUGUGAAGGCCCACGGGCUCGACAUGUUCUUCGAACAUGAGAAGACAUAUGAGAACAAGCCCCUGGCUCAGGGCCCCCUGAAGGGCUUCUUGGAGGCCUUGGGGAGACUGCAGAAGAAGUUUUACUCCAAGGGCCUGAGGCUCGAAUGCCCAAUCCGCACCUACUUGGUGACGGCACGUAGUGCUGCAAGCUCAGGGGCUCGUGCCCUGAAGACCCUACGCAGCUGGGGGCUGGAGACAGAUGAAGCCCUGUUCCUGGCCGGGGCCCCCAAGGGCCCCCUGCUUGAAAAGAUUCGUCCUCACAUCUUCUUUGAUGAUCAGAUGUUCCAUGUGGCCGGGGCCCAGGAGAUGGGCACAGUGGCUGCCCACGUGCCCUACGGUGUGGCCCAGGCCCCUCGGCGGACAGCACCCGAGAGGCAGGCCCCUCCAGCAGCCCAGUAG